AUGGUCGAAGCAUAUGUGGAUGAUAUGGUGGUUAAGAGCAAACAGUUGAAUAACCAUGUUUCUAAUCUAGAGGAAGUGUUUGCUACGUUACGGAGGUACAGCAUGAAGCUCAACCAGGUAAAGUGUGCGUUUGGGGUGGCAUCUGGAAAAUUCUUGGGUUUUAUGAUCACGCACAGAGGAAUAGAGGUGAAUCCUGAUAAAAUACAAGCUCUGAUAAGUAUGGAGGCGUCUAAGUGCAAAAGGGACAUUCAGAAGUUGACAGGUCGCGUAGCAGCAUUGAACAUGCUUGUUUCCCGGGCAGCAGACAGGUGUUUCCCGCUUUUCAAACUACUUAGGGAAAAUAAUGGUUUCGACUGGAACGAGGAAUGCAACUUAGCUUUUCAGGAGCUCAAGCAGACAUUAUCAACGCUUCCAGUCCUUAUUAAACCCGAACCCAGUGACACGCUGCUAUUAUACUUGGCCGUUUCUCAGAACGCAUCACAUCCAAUUGUUGUACUCACCAACCAACCUCUCAGACCUAUACUUCAAAAGUCGGACGCCUUAGGAAGAUUGCUGAAAUGGGCAAUUGAACUGGGCGAAAUUGAUAUAGAGUUCAAGCCACGACCUACAAUCAAGGCCCAAGCUUUAGCCAACUUCAUAGCAGAGCUAACUCCGAGAUCCUCAGAAACACCGGCCAAGGGCUCGAACUCGACCUUAGAAACAUGGGAGAUUUUCGUUGACGAAGCAUCCAAUAGCUCGGGCUCGAGGGCCGACAUCAUCAUCACAAGUCCGGACAAGACUACAGAGAUACAAUGCGCUCUCAAAUUUGAAUUCGAAGCUACCAAUAACGAAGCAGAGUACGAAGCUAUUGUUAUAGCCGUGGAACUCGCUAAAAAUCUUGAGUGCGAGCACCUCAAAGUUUUCAGUGACUCACAGCUAGUGGUCGGACAAAUCGAGGGGUCUUUCGAAAGAAAGGAUGAAAAAACGAACUUAUAUUGUUUGAAAGUACAUGACCUCCAGAGGCAGUUCAUAAGUUGUGAAAUUUUGAAGGUAGCCAGAGCCGAAGAUGCCAAGGUUGAUGCAUUAUCCAGACUCGUCUUCAUAGGUAUGGACGGGCUCGAUAGAAUCGUGCACAUCAAGAUGGUUGCAGAACCAAGAAUAGCUCAGAAGCCAAGUGUCAUGGACAUCGACCAUGAGCCCUCCUGGAUGGAUCCAAUAGUUGAUUACAUAAGUAAUGUCAACAUUCCUACAGACCCUCGGCUUGCCAGAAGCAUUUGGUAUAGAGCUGCUAAAUAUUGUAUAAUCGAAGGGGUCCUGUUCCGCAGGAGUUUCACACUCCCCUAUCUAAGGUGUCUCAGACCUUUCGAGUCUCUUCAACCAAUGACUGAAGUUCAUGAAGGCAUUUGUGGAAAUCACCAGGGAGCCCGAGCUCUGGCAUAUAAGUUGAUAAAGUAUGCAUACUACUGGCCAAGUUUGAAGAAAGAUGCCACAGAUUACGUCCGGAAGUGCGACAAGUGCCAAAAGUUUGGCCACGUCAUACAUGCUACUGCUGAGGAACUAACAUCCAUUCACUACUCGGCUCCCUUUGAGCAAUGGGGAGUUGAUAUUCUUGGGCCUUUCCCCUUGGCCCGAAGACAAUUAAAAUUUAUAGCUGUAGCAGUGGAGUAUUUUACAAAGUGGGUAGAAGCUGAACCUCUAGCAACAAUUUCAGAGCCGAAGCUCAGGAUAUCACACAAGACAGCAACUGGUGAAACGCCAUUCAUGCUUGCUUUUGGACUUGAGGCAACCAUCCCAAUCGAGGUUAGCCUCCCCACAAUAAGAAAGCUCGAGAUAAAUAGGGAGACGCAAACUACCGAGCACCUUGACUUGCUUGAAGAGGUAAGGGAGCAAGCCUCACUUAGGACUGCGAGUUAUCAAAACAGAACGGCAAAGCACUUCAACAACAAGGUCCAGACCAGGAGAAUUGGAGCUGGCGAUCUUGUCCUUAGAAAAGCAGAAGCCGUAGGACACCAACCAGGGAAACUUGGGCCGACAUGGGAGGGAUCCUACGAGGUCAUAAGAAAACUUAAAGGUGGAGCUUAUAGCCUCAUAGACACAUCGGGAAAAUCACUCCCAAGGCCAUGGAAUGCCAAUAAUUUGAAAAUAUAUUAUAAGUGA